UAUAGCAGAGUGUCUGUUCUGUUUUAAUAUUUUGAAGUUAAUGCAAUAUAUUAAUAUAAUUCAAUGUUUGAUUCCCAUUUUCAUCUAUAAAUGAGCUCUCUAUUGUGAAACCUUGCUACUAGCAACAACGACUGACGUGCAAGUUUCCAAACAGAGAAAACAAUGGCCACUAGUCAGAAGGAGGUGGAGGGUGAACAACUGAAGCAUCUUGUGUUUGUGAAGAUUGCUGCAAUUAAAGCUUUUGUGUGUGUUUCGAAUCUCUACUACUAUGCAAAGCAAAACUCGGGACCUUUGAGAUCUGCUGUUGGGACCGUGGAAUGCACUGUAGCCACCGUUCUGGGUCCUGUCUACAACAAAUUCAAGAGUGUCCCUCAGGAUCUUCUCCUUUUUGUGGACAACAAGGUGGAUGAAGCUACCCACAAAUUUGAUGAGUAUGCUCCUCCACUUGUUAAGCAAGUAGCAACACAAGCAAAGGGUUUGAUUGAGGAAGUGACACACAAAUCGGAGAGAGUUGUGGGUGAGGCUCAGUCUGGAGGGCCACGAGCAGCUGCACAUUAUGUUGCCACAGAGUCAAAGCAAAUUGUGUUAGUUGGUUCAGUGAAAUUGUGGGGUGGUCUAAACCACUAUUCACCAUUUCAUGCAGUGGCAGAAAUGGCAGUUCCCACAGUUGCACAUUGGUCAGAAAAGUACAAUCAUGUGGUGAAACACAUGAGUGGAAAGGGUUAUGCUGUGUUUGGGUAUUUGCCUUUGAUUCCAAUUGAUGACAUAGCUAAGGCGUUUAAACAAGGAGAGGCCAAUGUGAACGGAGAUGAAGCAGCUUCUGUGGAAAAGAAUUCUGAUUGAGUAGUGUUUAUUUUUUUAUUUAUUUAUAAAAUAUGCUUCUGACUAGCAUUUCUGUGUGAGUUUGAAUGCAUUUGGGUAUGAAUGGAAAUGUAAGAAAUGGGUUCAGAGUCUUCAGAAAUGUAACUUAAACCAAGUCUGUAGAACAUCAUGUGAUUAUGUCAAUGGUGCUUAAAUGGUAAUGAAGUUUGUUUCGUC